GCCUGAGGGCGUGUUGAAGAAACAACCUGUCUCAGAAUCCAGUAUCUGUUCUUGCAGGGCGAUUUCUGUUAUGAGCUCGCCUAAAACAUUUAGCAUUCUCAUGGACUUACUUAAAACUUAAGGAUUGUGCUAUCUCGUGUCACCGGUCCAAGGGUUUUCACAAGCUCACAGAAUGGAUGACACGCUUCGUCUCGGGUUCACGCAACAUUUACUGGAAUGAAACAAACCCUAUGGAACACUGAAAUGUGAUAUACUGCUUCAGUUUAACUUGAUAUACACAUACGGGACUAGUGAACAACUUCACGAUGGAAGACUUCAGAGGGAGGUUUAUACUGUGCUGUCAAAGUACUUUCCCGUGUUUCAAAGACCCGGCGAACAGCACCUCAUCUAGCACCGAGAAACGACAUCAAGUGCAAACUAAUGAAUUUACAAAGCCGCCAAACAGGGUGUUACCUCCGACACCUGUGGAGGAACCCGGCUACGUUUACAUUGCGCUGUACGACUACACGGCACGCACGGAGCAUGAUUUGAGUUUUAACGCAGGGGAUAAACUGGAGCCACUCAGGAAAGAGGAAGACUGGUGGUACGCGAGAGGAAUGACCGGGAUUUCAGCAAACAAAGAGGGCUACAUUCCUGCUAAUUAUGUUGCACCCGUAGAAAGCCUUGAUGCUGAACCAUGGUAUUUUCCAGAAACAAAGCGCUUGGAGGCCGAGAAGAUGUUGAUGUCUCAAGAGAACAAGAAUGGAGCUUUUCUAAUCAGGAACUGUGAAAGCCAGGCAGGAGAGCUCUCACUCUCAGUGCUGGACAACGGAAAAGUGAAGCAUUAUAAGAUCAGAAGGCAAGAUAAUGGUGGCUACUUCGUGUCAAGGAUUCGUAGUUUUUUCACAUUGAAAGAACUAGUGGAGCACUACAGAAAUGAGGAUGGCCUCUGUGUUCGUUUGGCAGGACCCUGCAAAAAAACAAUGGCUCCAGAGACACAUGGUCUAUCUUACAACACUGUGGAUCAGUGGGAGAUCUCACGUUCCUCUCUAAAACUCUUGAAGAAGUUGGGAGCAGGGCAGUUUGGCCAGGUCUAUGAAGGCAUAUGGAAUGACAGCACAGCUGUCGCUGUCAAAACACUCAAACCAGGAACUAUGGAUCCAAAAGACUUCCUGCGAGAAGCUCAGAUCAUGAAGAAACUCCGUCAUGCCAAACUGAUCCAGCUCUAUGCUGUCUGCACUACGGAAGAGCCCAUCUACAUCGUCACAGAGCUCAUGAGCCACGGGAGCCUUCUAGAAUAUCUGCAAAAAGACAGAGGUGCUUCUCUUCAAUUGUCUGAUCAGAUAGAAAUGGGAUCCCAAGUGGCAUCUGGCAUGGCAUUCCUUGAGCUACAGAACUACAUUCACAGAGAUCUUGCGGCACGAAAUGUUCUGGUGGGAGAUAACAAUGUGUGUAAGGUGGCCGACUUUGGCUUGGCACGUGUAUUUCAGAGGGAAAAUGAGAAUGUUUAUGAGGCCAAAGAAGGAAGCAAGUUUCCAGUGAAAUGGACUGCUCCCGAGGCCAUCCACGAGAACAAAUUCACCAUCAAAUCUGACGUUUGGUCUUUUGGGAUCCUACUAUAUGAAAUUGUGACAUUUGGACAGAUUCCUUACCCAACCAUGACAAACUUUCAGGUGGUACAACAGUUGUCCAAAGGCUACAGGAUGCCGUACCCUCUUAACUGCCCAAAAUAUUUGUAUGACAUCAUGUCCGAAUGCUGGAAGGACUCCCCUGCAGACAGACCCACCUUUGAAGCUCUGCAGUGGAAACUUGAGGACUUCUUUGAUGUAGAUCUCAGCUCUUACGAUGACGCAAACCGCUACUAAAAGACACUGCUGCUUACAAAUUUGAUGUAACUGCAAAUGAGCCAAGUGCAGGGAUUUGAUGAGCAAACCUGAGAUGCUAUUUUAGUAUCAAAUGAACCAAAUGCCUUUAUGUAUUCUUAAUGAACACAUCUAAUAUGCUUAAUGCACUCAUCAAGAGUUUUCCUAUGUACAAACUGCUUUAGUUAAAGCUGAAGCAUGUAGUCAUGUGGAUGUUAAAAUGCUUUCCCCCAUCCCGGGUUAAUGUGCAGAGACAACUGGUAACCUGUUUCCCUGGAAAGUGCUUUCAACACUGUCCAUUCUGUCGUCUAGUGACAAACUGGAGAAUGGUUGGAAUUGGAAACCAGUUUGCACACAGUCAUAAUUUAUGUAGUUCUGUUAAUGCUAUUGACGCUGAUUUUGCACAAUUCACAACACAAUUCAGCUUUGAAUCAAAAAUAUAUUCUGAGCCUUCUUGAAUAUUUCCUUUUUGCAUUCUUACAUUCAUUCUGUGGAGGCAUACCUCAAUCUAUAUUUGCCACCGUGUGCAUACUGUAUGCCAUCAUAUUGGUGGUUUAUUGUCACUUGACUUGCACUCAUGCUGGCGCCAUGAAACCGAAACUAUUUAGGAAUAAAUAUAAAUGGCCUGGGCGACAAACAUGUAUGGAAACAGGUAGCAGUGUAGCCAGGGUUAACCUGUUUUAUGUUGAAUGAGUCACUGCAUGUCAGACUAGUAGCAUUACUUGUUCUAAGAGAGGAAUGCUCAGAAUCCAUUACAUACAUUUGCUCAUAGCAUUAAGCAGAAAGCACACAUUGAGACUAGAUUCUCAACCGAGCCUUAGUGAAAACUGUAAUAAUUAGAAAUAUCGUACAGUCAGUGAUUUUUUAAAAUAUUUUGGGUUUAAACAGAGCUUCUUUGAGGAUAAUUUACAAACAGUGAUUCCUUUUUUCACUCUCUUGUAAGAAGAUAAAAAUAUAC